AUGGUGCCACCAUUUGGACGUCCAUUUCCUGUUGUAGCUGCGGACAAGUCCUUUAAGCUUCUCGGGAGCAUGGCUGUUUUGACCAUGUUGCAAGCCGGCACGAGUAACCAUGUGGCCAAAGAUGCCCCAAGAAGACGGGUGCCGUCGGCGGCUCUGUUCAAGCAAACCGUGGCCCCUCAACAUGUUCGGACUCCCUUCUCUGCCCUACUGAGUCGCGGCCAGGGGAAGGGGGAAGGGAUGAGCUGCCGACAGGGAGAACCCGAAGACGUGAUUCGUGGGCUGUGUGGCUACUCUGAUACCCUGCACCUCAAUGCAUCGUCUGUGCAGAUGGACAAUCAGGGAAAUCCUUUCUUCGUCCCAACGUUAUCAAGGUUCGAAACAAGCAGCACAGCGACUCGGCGACCGCCCCAAAACACUCUAGAAAGUCUAUCAUCCGGAAGUUUCAACCUCCAUUGCUGGCCCGCCUUCGUACUUCCUGUUGGACAGCCCCCAGGGGGGCGGCCUCAUCUCAUGAUUUUGCUUCGUGAAGUUGAGGCCGGCUUAGAUAGUGACAACAUCGUCAACUGCAGCAAACGGUCAUUACUCGCCCUCGGACAGGCUCCACCAACUCUAAUUCAACUAUAUACAAUCUUUAUCGAAUAA